AUGGCCGAAGUUGCAGCUGGAGCCCUCGCGGCUGAGCAGGUCAUCAUGACGGGCAUCGAGGCUGGUGCUGCUGUCGCCGUUGCCAAGCCCACGCAGCCGCUCAAAGCUUCCCUCAACCAAAUCACCAUCCCGGUAGAUGAUCAAAAAGUACAAUCUGAUCUGGCGAGGACUCACCACACAGUCACUUGCAUCGGCAACCGAGCCUUCAUAUUUGGCGGCCAGCUAGCCAGCGGCCAACUCUGCAACACAGAUGUGCACACGGUUGCUCUAUCUACCCUAGAUACCGAGUCCACACCUGCAAACCCCGACGGCUACGUCAAGGUCCCCGACACUCAGACAUACUGUGCCCAGAGAUACAGCCGCUACCCAGCCUUCCCGCUCAAGGAUGCAACCACGGGUGAGACGUUGCUCCCGGCACCGAGAACCCGCCAUGCCGCCACCGCCCGCGGAGACUACAUCCUCAUCCACGGCGGUCUCGACGCCUCGGGCACGGCCACCUCGGCAGCCGACAACGGCACCGAGAACCCCGCCACCAUCUGGCUUUGGGACUCGGGCAGCCUCAAGUGGGCACGCAUCAACGCGACCGUGCAGAUCGGCGCCACGUUUGUUCCGCGCUGGGACCACGCCAUCUUUGUCGACCAGGUGCAAGACAUUCUCAUUCUGCAUGGUGGCCACACCGAGACGGGACUCUCGGCCGAGACGUGGCUGUACGACUUCAACUCGCUUACCUGGACGGAGCUGCCUUCCGCUCCGGUCGCCUCGCUCGCGUCAAAUAUUGCAUACUCCAACGGGACGCUGUUCUCGGUCUCGGGCGGAGACGGCGAGCUCGGCGGAUCGGUCCACUUCCUGAAGCUGGGCCACUCGUCCGAAGACCGCGAGAAGCCGCUGGCCUGGGAGACGGUCGACUUCCCCGCCAACCCUCUGACUCCCGGCCCGCGGUUCCGGACCGGCGGCACACUCCUCCCCGUGACGACGGGCUUUGGCAGGCGGUUCCUGGUGUACAUGUUUGGCAGCACGGAGAAGGCGGCGACGUCGGUGGCCGGAGGCGUCGGUCCGUCGAUCACUAGUAACAGCAGCAGCAGCAGUCCUGCUCAGUCAUCCAUGCUCCCCGAGCACGACCAGCCGCUCUACUCGGACAUUUGGAGCCUGCAGCUGCCGUCGGAGGGGUUCACGGCCUCGACCAUCAAGGAUGCGAUCCGCGACAGGAUCCCCGGCGUCAACUCGGGCGCCAUGACGUGGUCAGAGGUCGAGGUCCUCCCCAACGAAAUGGUCGGCCAUGAGGGCAAGGCUCACCCUGGACCGGUUGCGUUUUUCGGUGCCGCGGGGUGUUUGGAUGGAAAGGGUGUAUUUUUCUGGGGCGGGGCGAGCGCCGACAGGAUGGUGCAGGAUGAUGGAUGGCUGGUAAAGAUUUCUUAG